GGCGGUUGCGGGAUAUAGGAUUUCUCUGUUUACCAUUGUUGUGUUGUAUCGUCUAUCCAACCACUAAAUGAUAUUUGUGUGACGCAACCUACUACUCUGAGCAACAAACACUAGUUCACACGUGCUUGACGAAACGGCGCAUUCUGUAUUUGGUGCUGAUCAGUAAUGUGAAGCGACAAAAGCUUCUUUGUCUUUUUGUUUACUUGUCGACUGUGUAUAAUUAUCCUGUAAAUUCAUGUCAGAGUCAUCGGAAGAAUUCUGUGUUUACGAAGUUAAAUCUGGAGAUUCGCUCUCAGCAAUCGCUGCUCAUUUUGGUGAUGUUACUCCCACUCAGAUUGCAAGGAUUAAUCAUUUGCCGCUUAUGAGUUGCGGCCUUCCUCCUGUUUUUCCGGGACAGCGUUUAAUAAUCCCUGUAGCUUCACGCACACAAAGUAACUCAACCAAAAUAAAACGUCUUCCAGGUGUGGCAUUGCGCGUAGAAGAUGCGGACAAACAAAAUGCUGGUGGCAAGAACACAGGAUAUUUACCUGUUGAACCUUUCUUUUAUACCACACGCGUACGGGUCUCUCCUCAGUCUUCUGGCUCCAUUGAUGAUGAUGCUUUGGAACGUCAAUUUGUUAAAGUGGAGGCUCACCGUGUUUUAAAAAAUCUUGACAAUUUGAUUGAUGGUGUUUUGUUAGUUACUCCAGAGUCGUUAUGUUUCGAUGCAAGCAAGACUGCAGUUGCCCAAAAAGAAGCUUAUAUCGCUUCUCAUUCUGGUAAUGAUAGUCACGAUGAUGCUGUCAGCAAUGAAAUUAAAUUGGCCAGUUCACAUGAUAGUGAUGAUCAUGAUCAGCAUAAUGACAGAAAAUCGCCUAGUGACCACCCUCUUAACUUCGAAUUUUCUUGUUGUAAUAUUCCUCAAGAACUGCUUAAUUUGGGCUUGUGCAUUCCACUGAAUUCAAUCAGCGCUAUGAAAACACUAAGUGAAAAGGAUGUUGUAAGAUACUUAAGCCCUGCUACUAACAGAAAAAGAACAUCAUUAUCCUCCGACUCUUCAUCUUGUCAAAGUGAAGAAGCACAAAAGCUACAGAGUACUUCAGUCAACGAUGUAAUUUCAAAAUCGAUAGAUAAAGAUGAUGGAGAUAACCAACGAAAUAUUUUGAAUAAAUUCACUAGUGAACAGCCUACUGAAAUCAUUAAGUCUAUUCAUGAAGAUUCUUCAAAUCCUACUCCUAACACCAUCACCGAUGAACAACACGAUGAUCAUAGUAAUCCAGAUAUCUUAUCUAAAACCUAUCCGACAAAACCAUCUUCAUCAUCUCCAAUAUCUUCAGAAAUAUUAGAAAAUACAAGUAAGAGUCAAUCAUCACCGGAGAAAAGUGACAGUGGAUGCAACAGUGUCUCUGAAAAUAGCAUUGUAAAGUAUUUGUAUCUAAGGAUUUCUGUUACAGAAGGUGAAAAUCAUAUCUUUCGCCUUACAGUGGAUCGUCUCACUCAAGUAUACAGUUUCUUGUUACGUGCUGGUGUCGGUAGCUCAGAUCCUAGUGAAAAAUUGAAUGAUCACCCUGAAAACACUGUGGAUGAAGUUGAUGGAAGUCAAUUGCGUGAAAAGGUUUCGAAAAAACUUUUGGAUUUAACUUCGGUGUUGGAUUUAUUCGGUAUGAAGCAGGGGCAAAAUCUGGAGUCUAUUGAUACAACACAACAACGACGUAGUUUAGUGGAGGAGAUUUUAGAAAGUAUGGAAGAAUCAGUUCCUAUAGCAUCGCUUUCUGGUGGAGAGAGCAGAAUACUAACUGAUGAAAUGCUAGCAGACCUCAGCGUUAACUUUCCCGCUCAGUGGAUUGGUUCAAAUUUAGUCUCUAUUUAUAAAUCUGAAGAUGAUGGUUAUUGUUUAAAUACAGUGUAUAGAAAAUGCAAAGAUGUUGAAGGUGGUGUUUUGUUACUGAUUCGAGAUACUAUGGGUGUUGUAUUCGGUGCAGUUAUGUCAGAAGGAAUGAAGUGUAGUAAAGGAUUUUAUGGGACUGGUGAAACAUUUGUCUUUCAUUGGAAACCAACAUUUAAAAAAUACUGUUGGACCAAAAAGAAUUAUUUCUUUAUGCGAGGAUCGCCUCACUCGUUUCAUAUCGGUGGUCAGAGUGGAAGAAAUGCUAUUUGGUUCGAUGAAUCACUGAAAUACGGUCGUAGUGAACCAACAGAUACAUAUGAUAAUCCUGUACUCAGUGGAAAUUUACCAGAUAUUCAAUUCUCUUCUGUGUCAAUUGAUACUGCUCAAAACACACAGUCAAUAAAUAAUCCUCCUGAAUCGAUUAAGAAACAAUCUUCAACAAUGAUGUAUAACAGUGUUCCAUUUGUAAUUGAUACUGUUGAAUUGUGGCAGUUAGUUAGUUAGUUAACUAGCUAGUUAGCUAGUUAAAUGUCUACAUUUGUGAAGUGUGUAUUGACGAUAAAUACAACUGAUUUUUCCUUCUGUAUGUGUGUUUGCACUAUUUUUAUUCAUGACAUAUUAAGGAGUGAAAUCUAUUUACUUGAAUUUAUUACUUCUAUUAUUAUUAUUACUAUUAAUAUUCCGUUUCUUUUCUAAUUAUCAUAUAAUAAUAAUGAUGAUUGGAGAAACAAUCAAGUUUUCCGCGCGUACACAUGUGCGACUGGUAGAUUUAUCAGACACAUUUCCUGCUUCCCCUUGUAAGCUCAGUUACUAAAACCUCUUUUUCUUCUCUCUCUUGAUUUUGAUUUUAAUAUGAAAAGUGAAUUUUGUUACCUUAUUUUUCCGAAUUUAAUUAUCAUUCCAUAUUUUAUCUGAUAAAUACUUUCUUUUUUGUAAAAUAGUUUCGUUGCUUAUUUAUACUUACAAAAAUGUGCAUCUACUCAAGGAAUGAGAAAAGAAAAAAGUGGUUUAUUCAGUUAUUGUCUCUGUUCUCUACUUUGUCUAAUUGUGAUUGUCUACUGACUUUGUUUCUA